AGUUUCCGUUUCCGUUCUCUAAUGCUGUAAGUUUAGCGGUGUAGCGUUGGUAAACGUUAUGGCAGGAGAUGCCUGUGUAGCGUUUAAAAGUGGGCUUAAAAAGCGCAAGUGUUUCAGGCAACAUAAGUCUUCAGAUUGCUCGGAAAGCGACGGAGAAGAAGAUGUUUCAAGGGAAAUUCUUCAAGAUACCAAGGAAAUCCAAAAACUUCGUAAACGGCCCAACGGUGUCAGCGUCAUAGGCCUCAACUUGGGCAAAAAGCUCACUCCAAAGGAGGAACUUGUGAUUGAUGACCCUUUCAAGUUAAAGACUGGAGGCAUGAUUGACAUGAAAGCUCUCAAAGGGAAAAGGGUCACCAUGGAGGAAUUGGAUGCUGUCAACUUGGGCAACACAUUCUCGGUAGAGACGAACCAGCGUGAUGAAGAUGCCGACAUGAUGAAGUACAUUGAAGAGGAACUGGCGAAACGUCGAGGUCGUGUUCAGGAGCCUCAGCCAACGCCACGGAACACUGUGGACGAGAAGGAUGUGCUGUUUCACGUGCCUGAGCACCUGCGCAAGUCAACAUCCAAGAAGUCCGAAGAGAUGUUGUCCAAUCAAAUGCUUUCGGGAAUCCCAGAAGUUGACCUUGGCAUUGAGGAGCGCAUCCGCAACAUAGAAGCAACCGAGGAGGCCAAGCUAAAGCUUAUUCGGGAUCGGAUGGCUAGGAAGGAGCGUGAGACAUCGUUUGUGCCCACCAACAUGGCUGUCAACUUUGUCCAGCACAACCGCUUCAACAUUGAUGAUGGCAACCGGACACGCCACCUGCGGCGCCCUGUUCGUGAGAAAGAGCCUCCGCCCCCAAAGCCUGUUGUGGUCAUCGCAGAAGCCGAAGGAGUUGCAGACCAGAUUCCAGGACGCCAGGGCAGAGGUGGCAAAGGAUCGUCCAGGUCCAGAGGAAACGAUGAUGAAAAGGCCACUGAUGACUUUCACUUUGAGAAGUUCAAGAAGCAGUUCAGACGCUACUAAGCCUUCAGAUAACAGCUGCAGAUAUUUCGCUUGGCGAAUCAUUUGCUUAUCUUUAUGCUCAUAAACCCUACAUGUGGUCCUGUUUCA